AUGUCGAGGGCCUCCCGCAUUUCCCAAGUAUUUAUGUCUCCGAAUAUCACCGUGCCAGAUAUUAGCAGAUUUGUGCACUUGAAUGAGGUUGCGCCAGACCGGUACGAAGAGGCAGGGUUUGGGGGUUCUGCUAAUGUUUUCACAGGAAAAUAUACAAGAGAGGAUGGCCACGUGCUAAAGGUGGCAGUAAAAUGCAUCAGGCCGAAGAGUACAGAUGAAAGUGAAGAGGUUUCCAAGGAUAAAAUUAAUAAGAAAGUUGCCCGAGAACUUAGUAUUUGGCAAACACUCAACGGAGGGCGUCAUAUCGUUGAGCUUCUGGGUGUAUUCUGCGGGAUAAAAUCCAUACCCUCACUUGUCUCCGAGUUAUGUCCGUGGAAUCUUCAAGAAUAUUUGGAGAGGAAAACUCCUCGUCCAAAACAUAUCAAAAUGCUCACGGAUAUUCUAUGCGGGCUUGAUUACAUGCAUUGCGGACUACCUUCCGGCCCUAUCGCACAUGGUGAUAUGAAAUUGGGAAAUAUCCUGGUGACACCCGACGAAACUGCAAAGCUUUGUGACUUCGGUCGCUCACAUAAGCGAGGUGAUCCUCGAGGUGAAGUAUCUCAUUCCUCAGUACUAGCUGGAACAGUUCGAUACAUGAGUCCCGAGCUAUUCGAUUCCAACCUGCAUGGUCCAACACCCGCAGCUGAUAUGUGGGCUUAUGGAUGUAUCGCUUUAGAGGUCAUGUGUCGGAUCCCACCUUAUCAUGAGACCGCCGAUGAUUUGGAGAUUAUUCGACUCAUUACGAACGGACAACCUCCGAGCGAUCGUCCAAAGGGCGCACGAGCGAGUCUUGUUAAUGAUGGACUAUGGUCAGCUCUUGCCUCAUGCUGGGUGAAAUACGAUAGGCGUCCAACACCCCAAGAGUGUCUGGGUCAAAUACUUUCGAUGAUGGAAAGUGGCGAUAUUCCAGCGUCUCCAGUACUACCAGAUCUAUUCCCUGGCCCAGAAGGCGGAAGUAUAGAACAGUGGCCCGAUGAAAUUCCAGACUUAAAGACUCACCUGGAGCUCGAAGAAGGAAUUGGUACAAUCGCGAGUAGCGUCCGCGCCAAUGUAUGGAUAGCAACAUUAGUUCGUAAAUUUCGGGGUACGCCUACGGUCGCUAUUAAGGUUCCCCGGUUGAAUACCAUGUCAACACAUCGCCACAAUGAAUUGGAACACUACUGCAAAACUAAUCGCAUCGAUCGGGACUUCUACAAACGACCAGUCUCACCAUUGGUGAACGCCUAUAGCAUCAUGUGUGAUAUUUUGUGUGGCUUGCAUUACAUGCAUAAUUACCCGGUCCCAAUCCCUCAAGGCGAUCUGACCCCUGAAAACAUAUUGAUUGCAUUUGAUGGGACCGCAAAGAUUAGCUUGUUCAGCUUCAGCAGAGCCCUUGCGACCUUGCGUUUCGGUACCGGCUUGGCUGAGCAGACUGGCUUGCUCAUGGCCUUCCGUUGGAUGAGUCCUGAACUCUUACUCAAUAAUUGCCAGCCCACGACUGAGUCAGAUAUGUGGGCAAUAGGAUGCGUCUAUUACUGGAUCCUCACUGACCAGGUACCUUACUCGAAUCAGCGCGAGGAUCUAGCCGGAAUUCAGAGUACGCGUGGGCAGCCACCGGGGACUUUGGCCGAUGUUUAUUACGGGUACGGCUGGAUUACAAAUGGAAUUUGGCGCAAUAUAGGACGAUGCUGGAGUAAUGACCCACUGCAACGGCCAAGCGCCUUGGAAUUUUGCAACAUGCUAAAGGAGCUUGAGCGAAGGAAGAUAGAUUGGCUUCCAGCAGAGGCAGAAGAUCUUUCUGGAAAAGUAAAGAGUAUUGGGUCUGACGCUCCGCUAAUGCGAUAUACGACCAUAUGGAGCCAAUUCGAUAGGGUAGUCGGAGAAGAAAGGCUCUCCACAAUUCACCUCGAGAUGGCCUUAUACCGGACCAUAUAUGAGCCAAGGUGGUAUUCUACAGGCACUCCGAGAAUCCACGCCACUUCCAAAUAUCACCAGUUAUCCACACUCAAAGGCCAAGAGCGUGCAGCCAGAGGGUGUGCAGGGGUAACCUUAAGAUGUGGAUUUGCGGAAAUAGUGGACGGGUUAUCCCGACACUCUGGACGCGAGGCGCAGAUUUUGGUUGCAAUAAAAGUUGUCGGAGAUGGACCGAUUGAUGGAAAAGCGACUGCGCUUCUGGCGAGUAUUCGUCGGGAAACCACGAUCGUAUCGCAAUUAGACCACCCAAACGUCGUUAAAUUUCUUGGAAUUGACUCAAGCUACCAUCAAGGACCCGCUAUGAUAUUCGAAUUGAGCUCAGAGACAACACUAGAAAAGCUCAUUCCUGAACUUCAGUAUAACUUCAGCAAGGGAUUCAAACUAGUUAGUUUCUAA